AUGGGCAGCAUCAUUGGAACCAUGGGGUGCAGCAGUUCUGUAGCUGACAGAAGGUCAGAAAAUGUCAUUAGAGCUGCAAUCCUCAUCCAGAAGUGGUACCGCUUUACGAUGGCCCGGCUGGAGAUGAGGCGCCGCUAUUCUCUCAGUAUCUUUCAGUCAAUUGAAUAUGCUGAUGAACAGGAUCAACUACAGCUAUCCAACUUUUUUACAUUCAUGCUGGAUCAUUGUACUCAUCCUGAUUCAGUUUCUCAAAUUUUCAUCAGCCCUAGUGCUCCUCAGGUGGUGGACGAAGACUUAUGUUUAAAAGAAUUUGAAAAGAAGAUUGAUGUUCCAGACUCCUAUUAUGGACCACGACUCUCAUUCCCCCUUACUGUGGAAGAUGCCAAUGCUCUCCUUCAUGCUUUCCGGAACGAACAGCUGCUUCAUGCCCGCUACGUACUGCAGCUGCUAAGUGAAACUAGGAGGGUUCUCAAGGAGAUGCCAAAUAUCACCCAUCUUUCAACUUCCUACACCAAGGAGAUAACUGUCUGUGGAGAUUUGCAUGGAAACCUGGAUGAUCUUUUGCUGAUAUUCUAUAAGAAUGGUCUGCCUUCAGAACAAAACCGCUAUGUCUUUAAUGGUGAUUUUGUCGACAGAGGGAAAAAUUCUAUGGAAAUACUUAUAAUCCUAUUUGCAUUUCUUCUUAUCUAUCCCAAUGAUUUACACUUGAAUAGAGGAAACCACGAGGACUACAUCAUGAACCUGAGAUAUGGUUUCACAAAAGAAGUUUCAAAGAAGUACAAGGACCAUUGGAAACAGAUUUUGUGUCUUCUGCGAGAUGUUUUUAGCUGGCUUCCCCUUGCCACUAUAAUUGAUAGCAAAGUUCUUAUCCUACAUGGGGGGAUUUCAGACACCACAGAUUUGGAUUUCCUGAAUGCACUUGAGAGAAAUAAGUUGAAAUCUUUGAUGCGGCCACCAAAGUCAGUGACAGACAGACAGGACCAAACAAAGAAGAGAAUUCCCACUACCAAACCCAGUAAACACAUUGCCAACCAGCAUAUUGUAGGGAAGACACAACACAACUCUUCAUCGGGCUUCACUGACCCUUCAGGCUCAAAUUUGCCUCCAGACCCCGCCCUGAAGGAAUGGAAACAAAUCCUUGACAUUCUGUGGAGUGAUCCAAGAAGCCAAAAUGGCUGUACACCAAACAAGUGUCGAGGAGGAGGCUGUUACUUUGGUCCUGAUGUUACCGCCAAGCUGUUUGAGAGGUAUAAUCUGAAGAUGCUCAUCAGGUCUCAUGAAUUUAAGCCAGAAGGUUAUGAGAUCAGUCAUGAUGGGAAGGUUAUCACCAUAUUCUCUGCCUCUAACUAUUAUGAAGAGGGCAGUAACCGGGGCGCUUACAUCAAGCUGAAUCCCGAGCUGAUCCCCCGGUUUGUGCAGUACCAGGUCAGCAAGUUCACGCGCAGGCAGAAUCUCCGGGAGAGGGUAGGUACAAUUGAAUCAUCUGCCUUAAAGUCCUUACGAGAGAAGAUUUAUGCUCACAAGUCUGAACUCACCAGUGCUUUUGCACAAUAUGAUGUCAAUGGCACAGGCAGGAUUUCUGUCAAUGACUGGGCUGCAGCGAUGGAGUCUGUCCUACAGCUGGAACUGCCCUGGAGGAUGCUGCGGUCUCAGUUAGCACAAAUGAACCCAGAUGGAGAAGUUGACUUCAUGUCAUGUUUUUAUGACUUGAAAAUGGGUCAACCUAUAAAAGAGGCUCAGCCUGCUUUGGCGGAAACACUGUGCCGAUACAGAAAGGAUCUGGAGAUCAUCUUUAACAUCAUUGACAAAGAUCACUCAGGUUUAAUUUCUCUGGAGGAAUUCAGCCAGACAUGGAGACUCUUCACUUCUCACCUGGGCAUUGAUGUACAGGAUGGUUCCAUUGACAAGUUAGUCCUCAGCAUUGACUACAACAAAGAUGGCUACAUUGACUUCAAUGAAUUUUUAGAGGCCUUUCACGUUGUUCACAGACUCGAGAAAAAGACAACCUCCUGA